GCCAGUUGGAGGUGUCCGCUUGUCGCUGUGGUUUGGGUUUGACAUUAAAGACGAGCGCGUCCAUCUCUGAGCUGGAGAUGAGAGCACGAGCCGCACCGGGAGACGUGCACGAGGACGGCUCCGUGAUACAUGGAUGGAAACACGGACGCGUCAAUCGGAUAUAAGUUGCCCACCGGUGCAACGGAUUUCUGGAAAUAAUGGGGAACGCGACACCGAAGCCAUUAAUAGACUCAACUUUGCAACCCCGCCCGGUGGCCAACAGGCAGUACUACACUCUGCCCAACAAUGGCGCGGGUGUGGAGAGAAGGACCUCCGCUCCUCCGGUCAACAUUAAUCUGGAGUCACCGCGGUUUCAUCCUCACGUCAAAGGAAAAAACAUCCGGCUGGACGGGCAGCUACGACGAGCCACGCGUAAAAACAGCUUCUGUAACGGCAUCACGUUCAGCCACAGACCCAUCCAUCUCUAUGAGAAGGUCCGUCUUCGUUUAACGGGGGUACACACAGGUUGGAGUGGAGCUCUCAGGUUUGGUUUCACCAGCCUUGACCCUAAUGAACUUGUGGCUACAGACAUCCCCAAGUACGCCUGCCCUGACCUCGUGACCCGGCCCGGGUACUGGGCAAAGGCCCUGCCUGAAAGACUGGCUUUAAAAGACAAUGUACUGUCAUUCUGGGCCGAUCGCCACGGGCGAGUUUUCUACAGCAUCAGUGAUGGAGAGCCCAUCCUGUUCCACUGCGGCCUCAGCGUCGGCUGUCCGCUGUGGGCCAUUAUAGACAUUUACGGCAUCACUCAGGAGGUCACACUGCUGGAAAGCACGUUUGCUGAGAGCGUGGGGCCGAGCUGCCUGAGCACGGCCCGACUCAGUGCCUAUCUGCCCCAGACUAGCCACGACUCGGCCAACUACAACAACAAUCAGCUGGAGAACAACCAAGCCGCCGCCGCCAAGAUGGCCGACCUCCAGCUCAACAACUACACGCAGCUGAUCCCCUGCUGUUCCACCACUUCCUCUACCUCCACUCCCUCCUCUGCACCCGCUGCCUCCAGGGUGGUCCGCCCCGGCCUCCCCGCCCCGCUGGACAACGACUUGCACUUUCACCCGAUCCGCGGCUCCGACGUGAUCCUGUCGGCCGAUCGCUUGGCCGCGUGCAUACACUUUCUGGACAGCAGUCGGACUCUCGUCUUCGGUGACCGGCCCCUUCACGUGGGGGAGACUAUUUACGUGGAGGUGGGUCACUUAGGCCUGCCAUACUUCGGAGCGCUGCUGUUCGGUUUGACGUCAUGUGACCCCGCGAGUCUGCACGCCGCGGACCUGCCGGCUGAUCCGGAGCUGCUGCUGGACCGUAAAGAAUACUGGGUCGUCCACAGAGGCAUCCCCAUCCCCUGCUCCGGAGACGUGCUGAGCUUCAGUCUGCUGUCCACCGGAGAAGUGCAUCACGCCAUCAACGGAGCGGGGCGGGGCCGUCUGCUCUGCGUGGACUCCUCUCAGGUGCUCUGGGCCUUCUUCACCCUCCACGGAGCCGUCAACAGGGUCAGAAUACUGGGGACUCUGCAGCCGAGCCCCCUGCCCAGCCCGUCCCAGAGCAGCAGCCCAGACGACAGCGACUCAGACCUGGCCUUCAGCGUGAACCGCUCGUCCUCGGCCUCGGAGUCGUCUUUGGUGACAGCCCCCAGCUCCCCCCUCAGUCCUCAGGUCUCGCCCACCAUGGCCGUCCCGGAGCUGCCUCCUGGUGGCAAAAACGGGGAGUGCACCAUUUGCUUCGACCAGGAGGUGGACACUGUCAUCUACACGUGCGGUCACAUGUGUCUCUGCAACGAGUGCGGGCUCAAGCUCAAAAGACAAAUGAACGCCUGCUGCCCCAUCUGCAGGAGACCCAUCAAAGACGUCAUCAAGACAUACAGGCCGUGAGAGGCGACUUCUACGACACUUUAAGGUCUCGGGACAGCGCUCGUGUAGGCACCACUACUCAGGCUGGAUCGAUAUGGACAAAAGCCAAAUGUGGAUAUAUUGUGCCUAUGGGAACAUUUUGUAAAAUAGAUAUGAAAUGAGACACGACCAGGCUGAAGUUUGGACACACUCUCUCGCUCAGUGUUGUUUUUUCUUUAUUUUUACUGCUUUCUACAUAUUAUACACACACAGAAGACAUUAAAUAUAUGACGUAAGAUUUAUGGAAUUUUUUAGUAAAGAAAAAAAUGUUUAAUAAUGACCAUAUACAGUGUAAGAAAUAUUUUUAAAUACAUUUUUUUGUAUUCAAAUCCCCAAAAUUUCCACCCUUUCCUUUGUCGAAAAAUAUUUAGUAGAGUUGUUUUUCACUUUUUUCUUUACUAAAUAAUUCUAUAAAUCUUCUUUUAUAUAUUUGAUGUCUUCUGUGUGUGUAUAAAAUGUAGAAAGUUGUAAAAAUAAAAAAAUAAAAACACAGAAUGAGCGGGUGUGUCCAAACUUUUGACUGGUAGUUUAUGUUUAAACGGCACCAGUCAAAAGUUUGGACAUAACCUUCAUAUUCAAUGCUUUUUUUCAUUUUUUUUUACUACUUUCUACAUUUUAUAUACACACAGAAGACAACAAAUAUAUGAAGGAAGAUUUAUGGAAUUAUUUAGUAAAGAAAAAAGUAAGAAAAAUCUCUUCUAAAUAUUUUUCAACAAAGCAAAGCGUGGAAAUUUUGGGAUUUGAAUAUAAAAAAUAUAUAUAUAAAAAUAGUUCUUACACUGUAUUUUAUAAUUAUUAAACAUUUUUUCUUAACUAAAAAAUUCCAUAAAUCCUACGUCAUAUAUCUAAUGUCUUCUGUGUUUAUAUAACAUGUAGGAAAUAGUAAAAAUAAAGCAAAACCUUGAACGAGAAUGUGUGUCCAAACCUUCGUCUGGCCGUGUAGGUUUUAGAGGCUUUGACCUUCCAUAAAAUGCACACUUCUGUUUGUUCACCUCUUUUAUAUUUCUAUGUGGUAUUGUCCUGUUUCACAUGAUUAACGCAGAAAAAAACUGCUGUGAAUAUAUUCCUCCGUCCUAUAGCCCUCUGUGACCCCGAUGAGUCCCUGUGCUUUAGACUCCUCGUGCCUUAGGUAAAACCACCGCCGUGUCCGACUCCGACUCAAUACGCUACAGGUCCUAGCCAUAUUUUUAAUGUACAGUGAAGAGGGCUGCAGGGAAACGAAAGGAGGAAGUGAAAGAGCGGAACGCAAAAAAAGAACCAGAUGUUUUGACAAAGUUACUGCGUUUAAGAUAGGUUUGUUUAAAAUAUGAUGGAGUAAUAUGUUUUGCACAAAUACAGUUUAAUAAAUGGUAUAAAUGUGAA